AUGACAAAUAGAGAUCUUGGCCGCUGUUUAGUAUGCGAUGAUGUUGCAAUUGGCAUUAAUUUUGGUGUACCAACAUGUAUGCCAUGUAAAGCGUUUUUUCGACGAAAUGCUGUUAAACUUGGUACCCAAGAAUUUGUCUGUCGAUAUGAUGGUGAUUGCAUUAUAACACAUAAAUAUCGUCGUUCAUGUAAUUGUUGUCGUUUGGCAAAAUGUUUUCGUGUUGGAAUGAGGAAAUCAUCAAUUCUUUCUGAUGAAGAACGUGAAGCUCGAAAUAAACUUGUAGCAAUCAAUCGACUUAAACGUGGUCAAUUAACUCAACCAGAAUGCCUCAUAGGGAUACAAUUAUCAGCAUUAUUUCGUAUGCCAUCAAAAUCAACACAAUAUCUUUCUUCAUCUGAUCAAAUGCUUCUUACUAAUAUUUUCAAUGCAUAUGAAAAUACUUGUAUACUAGCAAGAAACACUACUUUAAAAAAUUAUCCUACUGUUCAACAUACAUCGAUACAUGGAUUCGCGAAUGAAAUAGCAGCUGAAUAUGAAAUUGCUUUUGAAUAUUUAAAACUUAUACCUGAAUUUAAUAACCUCACCAUGGAUGAUAGAGUGCGUCUAGUAAAAAAUCAUCCCGGUACGAUUAUUCAUAUAAAUGAACCUUUAAUGCAUCCAGGACCAUCUAAUAAUCUUGUGGGUACAUGGACCAAUAUCUUUGGCCUUGAUAUAACUAAACGUCUUUUUAGACGUAAUCGAAUUAUUGAACAAUUUAUCUUUGAUCCUAUUAUAUUAAAAGUUGUUCUCA